UGGAAACUGUUCAGGUAACACCAGGCUGCGAGUUCACACGCAUCUCUCCAUCGUGCCGCGCUGCUCUGGGCUGUUUCCAGCAGGAAAGUUCCAGCACGCACGUAGAAGUGUCCCGCUCCGCACAGCGCCGGCCUCGGGCCGGCAUCGCGACCGCCGCCUGGAGCGCGACAUCAAGGCGCCCGCGGAGCCGCUCGUCUCCAGCGAGUUCCCCAGCGCCAUCGCCGGGCCGCGCCGCCCGCCGGACGCCCCGCUCCCCCACCUGCCGGCGGCCGCCAGCCCGUGCUCGCCGCUCUCCAGGAAGCACGGAGCGGAGCGGAGCGGGGCCGGGGCGGCGCGGGCUCGGCUUCGCUGAGGUCCCCCACGUCCCCGCAGCCGCAGCCGGGGCCCCGGAAGCGGAGCGAUGGGGCCGGGGGGAUGGCGGAGCCGCGAGGCUCCGCGCGGAGAAAGCGGCGCUCCGCCGCCCCGUGCCUCGGGGACGCCGGGAGGUCAGGGGAAGGCACGGCCGCCGGCCCCGUCCGUCCCCCGUCGGAAUCCAGCUGUCCUCGGUAGGCGGAACCGAGCCGUCCUCCGUCGUUGCGGCGAGGCGCCGUCCCCGCUGAGUGACGUCAUCAGCCCCGCGACCCGAGCAGGAGGCGGCCGUGCGGAGCAGCCGGGCCUCCGAGAGCCGCCUCGGCUUCUGCAGAGAUUGUGGCAGUCUGGGACGCUGUGUCUGAUUACAUCCUGGAACAGAUGAAGCUGGACAAGGGAGUCCUGAUUCCGGGACUCGGGGUCUUUGCUGGGGUCCGAGAGCAAUUCCACAGCAAAGAAGAGGCGCUUUCGGUUCUAAGGCCUGUCUUCCAGCUGGACAUCGGGGUGCUGUGGCUGCAGGAACUCCAGUCUCCCAACGACAUCAUCCCUGACGACGUCAAGAUUGAGCCGCUCAACUACCGGCAGCUCUCGCGAGCCUCCGGCGUCCCGCUGCACUUGGUGCCACGCUGCGUGCGGGAGAGCGUGCUCCUGUACUGUCACCUCCUGAGGAGCAGGGAGCCCGUCUCAUUCGUGUUCAAGAACCUCGGCGUUAUGACCUGCCAAGACGGCUUCCUCCUCAUGAGGUUCUUCUGCAGCUGCGUUGAAACGCUGGAGAGCAAUGCCCCCGUCCUCGCACUGAUCCACACCAGAUUCUGGACAGACGAUUCUGCUGACUUCGGGCCAGAGACCGCUGCCCAUGGCAUCCACGUGUUCCCGAGGUUUCAGCUCACCGUGGAAAAGAGCAGAGCAGAGGCCGCCGCAGAAAAAAAAGCUGCCAUACAGCGGAAGAUGAGUAAAGGGGUCUCUGCCGGCAGGCUGCUGCAGAGGCGGAAGACACUUCCCCCCUCCAUGCUGCUGCAGCGCAAGCCGAGCUCAAGGCAGCAAGAUGUGGCGAAGGAGCCUUCUGGCAGUGCGCUCCCGCCGUGUGCAGGCAGCUCCCGUGGGACAAAGAAAGCGGGACAGAAGGAAACAUCUGCUGCCCAGACCAGCGCUGCACUCCCUGCCACCGAGGAGUCUAAGAGAGCACUGCAGGAGCUCCGCAAAGAGUCUGCCCUGUGGAAAGAAGCAGACCACACGUGGCCCAUGCACCAACAGCAAAUAGAGCGAGCACAGGCAGAAAUGGCGGCAUGGGAAGGCUGGAGCGCAGGGGAGGACCAGCAUCCGCCCCAGCUGCUGGCCAGGGAGAGAGUGCGUGUUCCACAUCCUCCAGCCCAGCCCAGGAGACAGCAAGUGGGAAGGAGAUGGAGGAAGGACGAGGGUCUGCUGCCGGGAAGUAUAAUGGGGACGACGACCAAGCUGACACUGCAUGCUGACCUCCUUUCCCCGCGAGCGGCUCAGGUGCUCCGAAGGUUGGAGCCGCACCUCCAUCAGCAAGAGGUUUUUGCCGGCACAGCAGAAAGAAACCGGCAGAAGCUGGAGCAGAAGCGGCACCUCCUCCGGGCUGAAUGCUCGCACGGCUCCAGAGGGGAAGGUGCAGCCAUCGGUGGUGACCGCGGUGGAGCUCUCGGCACGGGGGCUGGGAAGCCGUCCAGAUUUCCACCUGUGAAUGGAAGAUCGUAGAAAACCAAAGACUCGUAGAACGGCCUGGGUUGAAAAGGGUCUCGAAGAUCACCGCCACCGGGCUGCCCAGAGCCACAUCCAGCCUGCCCUCGGAUGCCCGCAGGGAUGGGGCGUCCCCCAGCUCUCGGCAAGCUGUUCAGCACGUCACCACCCUCCGUGUGAAGAACGCCUGCUGACAUCUAACCAAAUUCUGCCCCCCUUUCACAGUUUAAAACCAUUCCCCCUUGUCCUGUCACCAUCCGGCCUCAUCAACGGCCGUUCCCCCUCUACUCUACAGCCUCCCUUCAAGAACUGGAAGGCCGCAGUGAGGUCUCCCCGGAGCCUUCUCCUCACCAAGCUAAACAAGCCUGGUUCCCUCCACCUUUCUCGACAGGAGAGGUGCUCCAGGCCUCUGAUCACCUUAGGGGCCCUCCUCUGCACUUCAUCCAAGAGCUCUGCGUCUUUCUUGUACCGGGGACCUCAGUUUUGGAUGCAGUAUUCCCAAUAAAAAUGAAUUGGCUUUAUUUCCA